AUGGAGGUUGCUAUUGAAAUAGUGAGAGGAGUUGUUCAAGUUCUCAUGGUUCCGGUUAAAAAACAACUGGAUUACCUAAUUUCCUACAAAAAGUAUGUGAAGGAUAUGCACGCCAAAUUGAAGGAUCUGGAUGCUGCAAGAGUCGGCGUGGAAUCCCAGAAGAAGCAAAACAGAGAAAGACGUCUUGAGGUUCCUGCCCAAGUCGACCCUUGGUUGAUAGAAGUAGAAAAGAUGAACGAAAAGGUGGAAGACUUUCCAAGUGAAGUCCUUGGUUGUCUUGAUCUCAAGAGUAGGCACAAGCUCGGAAGGAAAUCCUUCAAGAUAUUUAAGGAGAUCGAAAGUGUUUUGGGACGAUGCCCUGCUAUCCAAGGUACUGAACUACAAAUUCCAGUAGGGAGAAUUGAUUCCACCAUUGCAUGCACAUCUACACCAUCAAGUGAUCGAAAUGACUUCCGCUCAAGAGAGAAGACUUUUACGGAAGCACUAGAAUCACUUGGACCCAAUCACAGUUCCCACAUGGUAGCCUUAUGUGGUAUGGGUGGAGUCGGAAAGACUACAAUGAUGAGGAAGCUGAAAGAGGUUGUGAUAGCAAAGAAAAUGUUUAAUCAUUAUGUUGAGGCGGUUAUAGGGGAAAAGACGGACCCCAUUGCUAUUCAGCAAGCUGUUGCAGAGUACCUUGGUAUAAAUCUAACCGAAACCACUAAGCCAGCAAGAACUGAGCAGCUGUGUAAAUGGUUCACAAACAAUUCAGAUGGAGGAAAGAAGAAGUUCCUGGUAAUCCUGGAUGAUGUAUGGCAGUCCGUUGAUAUGGAGGAUAUUGGUUUAAGUCGUUUGCCAAAUCAAGGUGUCGACUUCAAGGUUUUGAUUACAUCACGGGACAAAGCCGUUUGCACUGAGAUGGGAGUUAAAGCUGAUUCAGUUAUCAAGGUGAGUGUCCUAGAGGAAGCUGAAGCACAAAGCUUAUUCUGCCAACUUUGGGAACCUUCUGAUGAUGUCGAUCCUGAGCUCCAUAAGAUCGGAGAAGAAAUUGUAAAGAAGUGUUGUGGUCUACCCAUUGCCAUUAAAACCAUGGCCUGCACUCUUAGAAGUAAAAGCAAGGAUACAUGGAAGAAUGCACUUUCUCGUUUACAGCACCAUGACAUUAACACAGUUGCGCCAGCUGUCUUUAAAACCAGUUAUGACAAUCUUCAAGACGAGGUGACUGGAGCUACUUUUUUGCUCUGUGGUUUGUUUCCGGAGGAUUUCAAUAUUCCUAGCGAGAACCUACUGAGGUAUGGUUGGGGAUUAAAGUUAUUCAAGGGACUGGAUACUAUAAGAGAAGCAAGAUACCAGCUGAACGCCUGCAUUGAGCGGCUCAUUCAUACAAAUUUAUUGAUUGAAUGUGAUGUUGUUGGAUGCGUCAAGAUGCACGAUCUGGUGCGUUCUUUUGUUUUGGAUAUGUUUUCUAAUUCAAUCAAGCAUGCUUCGAUUAUCAACCAUGGUAGCAGUAAGCCAGGAUGGCCUGAAACUGAAAAUGACAUGAGCGCCUCUUGCAAAAGAAUCUCCUUAACAUGCAAGGGUAUGAUUGAGUUUCAUAGUGACCUCAACUUUCCAAACCUCUCAAUUCUGAAGCUUAUGCAUGGAGAUAAGUUGCUGAGGUUUCCUCGAAACUUUUACGAAAAAAUGGUAAAUCUUCAGGUUAUAUCAUUUGAUCAUAUGAUGUAUCCUAUGCUUUCCUCAUCACUUGAAUGCUGCACCAACCUUCGAAUGCUUUGUGUCCAUGAAUGCUCAUUGGCAUUUGAUUUUUAUUCUAUUGGAAACCUGUUGAAUCUGGAGGUGCUUAGCUUUGCUAAAUCUGGCAUUAAAUCGCUACCUUCCACAAUCAGAAAUUUGAAGAAGCUAAGGAUAUUGGAUGUGACAGGUUGUGAUAGUCUUUGUAUAGAUAAUUCUAUCUUCAAAAAACUGGUCAAGAUUGAAGAGCUUUAUGCGUGCCGUUUUGAUCAUUAUCGAGGGACCAUUAGCUUUACAGGUGAUAACUGCAAUGAAGUGAUAGAACGGUGGAAAAACAUUUCUGCAUUGGAAUUUGACUUCUGUGAAAACAAUUCUCAGUGGAAGAAUCUAUCAUUUGAGAAUCUUGAACAAUUCAAGAUCUCAGUGGGAGGUUGUUUAAAAGGAGAAGAUGAUUUCAUAAAGAGAAAGCUCUCAUUCAAAAACACGUUGACGUUGGUAAUCAAGAAAGGUGAAGUAUCGGGAUCUAGAAUUAACAGGUUGUUUGAGAAAACGGAGGUGCUUUGUCUAAGUGUGGAAGAUAUGAAUGAUCUUGAAGAUGUUGGGGUGAAGUCCUUACUUCGUCCUCAGUCCUCUUCAUUCCACAAUUUAAGAAUCCUUAUUGUUUCAGAAUGUGCAGAGUUGAAAUACCUGUUCACACUCAGUGUUGCAAAAGUUCUUUCAAAUCUUGAGUAUCUUGAGGUUUGUGAUUGCCUUGUUAUGAAAGAACUCAUACAUACCGAAGAUAGAGGAGAAGAGACAAUUACAUUCCCCAAGUUGAAGGUUCUAUCAUUGAGUGAGCUACCAGAGCUAUUGGGUUUAUGUCAGAAUGUCAACAUAAUUGCGCUACCACAAAUCGUGAAGUUGAGAAUUGGAGGCAUUCCAAAUAUCACAAGCAUUUUUUCCAAGAAUAAGCCGGCAACAUCUUGCUUGUUAAAGGAAGAGGUUUUCAUUCCUCAGCUGGAGCAUCUGUGCAUUUGGGGUAUGGAGAAUCUGAAGGAGAUAUGGCCUUGUGACUUUAGGAGUGGUGAGGAAGUUAUGUUGAGCAAGAUUGAAGUGAUGGACUGUGAAAAUCUUGUGAAUAUAUUUCCUUGCAAUCCCAGCCCAUUGCUGUGUCAUCUUGAAGAACUUCAAGUCAGGGAUUGUGGAUCCAUUGAAGUGUUAUUCAACAUCGACAUGGAUUGUGUUGGUGAGACUGGAGAAGGAGGCAGCAGCAGCUUGAGACGAAUUGAAAUAGUUGGAUUAGGGCAGCUAAGGGAGGUGUGCAGGAUAAAAGGUGCAAAUCACUCCUGUCUCCCUAUCCGUGGGUUUCAAGCUCUUGAAAGCAUAAGUAUUUAUAGUUGUAAGAGAUUUAGAAAUGUGUUCUCACCUACCACCACCAAUUUUGAUCUUGGGGCACUUACCUACAUGAAUAUAUACGGUUCGGGAGAAAUUGAGAGAAAAUACGGAUUGGUGGAAAGUAGCCAAGGACGAGAGAAUACUCUCUUCCCAACCUGUCUCUUACAUUCAUUUCAUCACCUCCGUAAGCUUGAGUUGGAGAAAUAUCAAGGAGUGGAGGUGAUAUUUGAGAUCAAGAGUACUCCAACAAGUCAGGAUAAUCAACAGCGAAUAUUUCCCUACCUUGAGAAUUUGAAUAUAAGCUCUUUGGAGAGGGUCAGUCGCGUAUGGAAGUUUAAUAGGAACGAGCUAUUAAUUCUUCAUAGAAAACUGUCAGAAUCUCCAUUCCAUAACCUCAAAACCAUACAAAUUGAAGAUUGCAAAAGCAUUAAGUACUUGUUUUCACCUCUCAUGGCAAAACUUCUUUCCAACCUAAAGAAAGUCAAGAUACACAAGUGUUAUGGUAUGGAAGAAGUGGUUUCAAACAGAGACGAUGAUGAAGAAGAAAAAAAACUAACAUCUACAUCUACCCACACAACAAGCACCACUCUCUUCCCUCUUCUUGAUUCUCUCAUUUUAUAUGGCCUGCAUAAUCUCAAGUGUAUUGGUGGUGGUGGUGGUGGUGGUGGUGCCAAGGCUGGGAACAAUGAAAAAUCUUUCAGCAGUACCACUACAACUACCUACUUUCUUGGUCAAGAUAAGUUUUCUCAAGGGAAUGGUGUUUCUUGGAGCUUAUGCCAAUACUCUAGAGAGAUAACUAUAUAUGAUUGUCAUGCACUGUCAAGUGUGAUUCCAUGGUAUGCAGCAGGACAAAUGCAAAAUCUUGAAAUGCUAAAAAUAGAGUAUUGCCAUGGGAUGAAGGAGAUGUUUGAAACUCAAGGGAUCAACAAAAGUUUUAUUAGGAUGAAACUGGGCAACCUAAAGAUAUUGAAAAUCGAUGGUUGUGAUCUUUUGGAACAUAUAUUCACAUUUUCCACACUUGAAAGCCUUGUACAACUUGAAGAGUUAAAUAUUGAGAAAUGCAAGGCAUUGAAAGUGAUUGUGGUGAAGGAAGAAAAUGAUGGAGAGCAAACAACAAAGGCAUCUUCUUCUAAGGUUGUGGUCUUUCCUCGUCUAAAAUCCAUUGUACUAUUUAAACUACCAGAGGUGGUGGGUUUCUUUUUAGGGACAAAUCAUGAGUUCCAGUGGCCUUCAUUGGAUGAUCUUGUGAUAAAGGACUGCCCACAGAUGAAAGUGUUCACAGCUGGUGGGUCCACAGCUCCACAGCUCAAGUAUGUGCAAACAAGCUUAGGCAAACAUCUUCGUGGACAUUGGUUUAACUCUCAUGUGACAACCACUACUACUGGGCAGCAUCAUAAGGAGAGUACAAGCUUCUCCUUCUCUGCUGCUACUUCAGAAGAGAUCAACAUUUGGUCUUUUCAUAAUCUGAUUGAAUUACAUAUGGAAUUUGAUAGAUCUAUUGAAAAGAUUAUUCCAGCCAAUGAGUUGGUACGAUUGCAAAAGUUGGAAAAGAUUCAGGUAAAGGAAUGUAAUUUGGUAGAGGAGGUAUUUGAAGUUUUGGAAGGGACAAGCAGUGGUUUUGAUGAAUCACAAAUAACUCUUGUCAAUCUUCCAAACUUAACACAAGUGAAGUUGGUGGGGCUACAUUGUCUUAAUCAUAUAUGGAAAAGCAAUCCGAGUACAGUAUUUGAGUUUCCAAACCUAACAAGAGUCUCUAUUGAGAUAUGUUAUAGUUUAGAACAUGUUUUUAGUAGUGCCAUGGUUGGUAGCCUAAAGCAACUCAAGGAGCUACAAAUAAUUAAUUGUGAUAACAUGGAGGUGGUAUUUGUUCAGGACGGAAAUUUCGUUGUAGAAGAAGAGGAGGAGGAAUCUGAUGGAAAAAUGAAUGAGAUUGUGUUACCUCGUCGUCCAAAGUCCUUAGAACUUUAUGCACGUAAUCGAUGGACAUUAUUUGAGUUUCCAAAUCUAACAAGAGUCUGUAUUGAGAGAUGUGGUAGGUUAGAAUAUGUUUUUAGUAGUUCCAUGACUGGUAGCCUAAAGCAACUUCAGGAGCUAAGCAUAUCUAAAUGCCACAAGAUGGAGGAGGUAAUCGUUAAGGACACAGAUAGAUACUGUUGUAGAAGAAGAGGAGGAAUCUGA